UGAUCACACACACACUGUACAGCAUCAGCCGCGCGGUCAACAUGUUUCUGCUCGGAUUCAGCCUGUGCCUGGGCAUCGUCCAUGGAAUUGUCCCUGAAAUAUCCAAAACAGACAUGGACAUCAUUGCAAACAUGGAGACAAAUGUAGUGCAAGAACAAUCGACACCGAACGAUGUGUUGAAAGAGGUGGAGGACCUGAUGGAGGACACGCAGCAGAAGCUGGAGGACGCGGUGCAUCAGAUGGACAAUGAGACCGCAAAAUCAAGCCUCCAUCCACACAACGUCUCUUCAAACCUCCAAAAUUACAGCAGUAUUGAAAUCAUAGCUGGGAAUCAAUCUAAUUACAUCGCUGAGAGAAUCGAUACGACUACAGACAAUCCAGCUGAAGACAGCAACACCUCGACAACCAUACGGCCAGGAGAUAAAGAGAACAACACUGAUCAUGAUCACGAGUGUGUCAUUGAUGAAGACUGUGAGAAGGGCAGGUUCUGUCUCUACGAGACACACAGCUCAAAGUGUCUGCCCUGCAAACAGCUUGAUGCGACGUGCAGCAAGGAUGAGGAAUGCUGUGCGGGACAGCUGUGUGUGUGGGGUCAGUGUGCGAGGAACAGCUCAAAGGGAGACGCGGGAACCAUCUGUCAGUACCAAAGAGACUGUAAGGAGGAGUUCUGCUGUGCCUUCCAUAAAGCCUUGCUGUUCCCAGUGUGCAGCUCUAAGCCAAUAGAACGCGAGCGCUGCAUCAUUUCAGCCAAUCACCUGUUGGAGCUGCUGUCAUGGGAUCUGGAGGGGGGGAAUCCUCAAGAGCACUGCCCAUGUGCUGGAGACCUGCAGUGCCAACAUCUGGGACGAGGCGCUCUGUGUCUGAAGAGCCAGAACUCCAGCGAGGAGGACCUCACUGACACCCUGUACUCUGAGAUCGACUACCUCGUCUGACAGAUGAAGACAAGCUGCUGAAACAGACAUGAACGCUUCAUCGUCACUCCAAAGCUUUGUAGGAAACGCCUUCACCUUAAUCACCCAAACUUACAGGC